UUGGUGAGGCAGUGCCUGGCGAGCGCCCCAGGGCAGCAGCAGCAGYGCCUCUGACACUCACAGGUGUCUUACCAUGCGCUGUGCCAGGAUAAGGCUCCCGAAAAUUGCCAAAGGCCUUAUAUGCCUCGUUGUUGUAACACAGUUUUGCCUCUUCAUUUUCAAUUCCAGCUCCUUGUUUGACUUGGCGAAGACAAAGAUUUUCAGGAAAUGGAACAUUUUCCAACRUGCCCCAGAGACACAACAAGUGGACACCCAAAAACAACAGGGAUUAAACUAUUCUGAUAAAGGGAACUCCAGGAAUAUUUUAAAGGUGACUUUGGGAGGACACAUCACAAGACUCAAACAAAAUGCAGUGGAGAUGACACCAAGGUGGAAAGGAAAGGAGGAACAGAAGGAAACAAUGAAACCAGUUACCAGGGUUAAGGAAGCCAAGGAGAACAUGGCUAUGAAACCAACACCCCAGUUGGAGGGAAUCAAUAAGAAAACAGUGAAAUCCACCCCUAUAGUUCAGGGAAAUGAGGGGAAAACAACAGUAAGACCAGCUCCAYGGGUGGAAGAAGCCAAGGAAAAGACAACAGUGAAACCACUUCCCAGGAAGGAGGGAGGUGAGGAGAAGGCAGCAGAGAAACCAUCCUCUGGGGUGAAGGAAGGACAUGAGAACACAUCCAAAGGCCAAGCAAAACCCAAAGAUCCUCCUGCAUCAAUGAAAACUGUAAGACCUGUCCCUCAGGCUACUGCAGUGACACCAAAGACAAAACUGAGCUCUGCUAACUUCACAUCUGAGCCGCACUGGGAUUUUGAGGAUGAGUAUCUGCUGGAUAAYUCCUCCCCACCCUCGACCUGCUCUGAAUCAGUGAGGGCCAGAGCUGCCAAGUCUGACUGGCUGCGGGAUCUUUUCCUGCCCAACAUCACACUCUUCAUAGACAAGAGAUACUUCAGUGACAGUGAAUGGAACCGCCUCGAGCAUUUUACACCCCCCUAUGGUUUCAUGGACCUGAACUAUUCACUGGUGAAGGARGUCAUCUCCCUGCUGCCCCCAAAUCCCCACCAGCAGCUGCUCCUGGCCAGCCGUGACAGCAGCAUGCCCACAUGCAUCAGCUGUGCUGUCGUGGGGAAUGGAGGAAUAUUGAAUAACUCUGGGAUGGGCCAGGAGAUUGACUCCCAUGACUACGUCUUCAGGGUGAGYGGGGCUGUCAUCAAGGGUUAUGAAAAAGACGUGGGAACGAAAACCUCCUUUUAUGGAUUCACAGCCUACUCCCUGGUUUCCUCUCUUCAGAUCUUGGGACACAGAGGGUUCAACAACAUCCCACGGGAAAAACAUGUCAGGUACAUUCACUUCCUGGAGGGAGCAAGAGACUAUGAGUGGCUGAAAGCUCUUCUGUUCAACGAGAACAUCAGGAAAGGAUUCUUGAACCUCAGCGGGCAGAGGCCCCGGGAUAAAUUUGACAAAGAUUUCACAAUGGACAGAUACCUGGUGGUUCACCCUGAUUUCCUCAGAUACAUGAAAAACAGGUUUUUAAAAUCUAAAAAUCUGGAAAAGCACUACUGGAGGCUGUACAGACCCACAACAGGGGCCUUCCUGCUGCUGACUGCCCUCCAUCUCUGUGACCGGGUCAGUGCCUACGGCUACAUCACAGAGGGGCACGAGAGGUACUCGGAUCACUACUACGACAAGGAGCGGAAACGUCUGGUUUUCUACAUUAACCAUGACUUCAACCUGGAGAAGCAGGUGUGGAAAAGGCUUCAUGAUGAGAAUAUCAUGAAGCUUUACCAGAGAUCCUGACUGUGUGAGCCAUUGCUUGGGAAAUCUCAACAACACYUCACUGGAAAUGGAAGAGGACCAGCAGAGCCAAGGUUAGCUCUGGACUGCCAGGCACAUUUCAUCCCCACAGACACUUCCCUCCUUCAGCACGUCUGUUAUUUCACAGCAUUUCAACAAAUGUGUGAACGCUGCAGACCCACAGACCAGCAAGAAAAUGCAGCGUGCCAACAAAGUCCCAGCUGGCUGUGCUGCAAGACUCUUGCUG